AUGCAAGUCCCUGAUGGCUAUCGACGGGGCACACCAGGGAAUAUCACGCCCGCGGGACAACAGCAAAACCCAUGGCAGAUUCCACGCCAUGCGGCCGACUCGCAGCGCGCAGGCGCCGGUUACCUGCCUCCGCCGCCUCCAAUGCAGGCACAGCAGUCGCAGAACCUGCAGUUCCCGCCGCCGCCGCCGCGGAUGCCCAUGAGUGCCACGCAGACGCAUGCACCGUUCGUCCCGCCUCCACCUGGUCAGCCCAAUAGCUACUGGAAUCGGCAGCCUAGCUAUCCGCCACCACCACCGCAAAGCCAGCCGCGAGAGCCACGAGCAUACGAUCCCAGCGUCUAUUUCGAGUACAACAACCUUCCACCGCUGAAUGACAAUGCGCCCUUGACAUCCGCUACGUACAUUCCAGAUGGGUUGAGCUUUGGACCAGGCGUGGGGAUACCAGGUCUACAUACCCAGAACAAUGCUCCGCAUGCGCCAGUGCGGCCGGGCCAUGCUCCUCAACCGAGCUACUACCGCGGCGCAUCGGAAGACUUCAGUCACGACGCCAGCUAUCUGCAGAGAUUUGAGGGAGUCUACAACCAAGACGCCAACGGAACUUGGUUUUCCAACCAGUAUCAGCAAAUACCCCUCCCAACACAAUCCGCGCCGCCACAUCCGCACACCAAUUUUCCGCCCCCGACGCCCACGGGAAGGAAGAACAUGAUCCUGCCGGCCAAGGAGAUUGAGCAACACACAUCGCCUGCAGUCGAGCAGAACCGACCGACUUACGUGACCUCCGGACCAAGUGCCGAGAGCAAUGGGAAUCGUGAUCUUGCCUCCUCCAGCGAUAUGCCAAGCUCACCCAAAGGCUCAAAGUGGACCCCAGACCGAAUUCAGGGAUUUCUGGCAUCACACGCAUUUUCGAGGGAGUGGCAGGCUGCUUUCCAGCAUUUGAAUGUCUCGGGCACGCAAUUUUUGGACAUUGGAAGAAGCGGUGGGCAACGUAACAUCGCGUUCUUGCCUCACUCUGUGCUUCCACAAGUCGCGAGGGAAUGCACCGCGAAURGCAUGGUCUGGGAUCAGGCAAAGGAGCGUGAGGAAGGACGCAGAUUACGCAGACUGGUCAGGGAUGUUAUCAAAUAUGGUUGGACUGGUACACCCCAGACUGCGACAUCUACCGGCACUGCUGGACUUCCCCUCCGUGCUCAUGGAAGUGUCGGAAUCGACGACACGUCACCGAGCCUUGUGAGAGAUACCAACGCCUUUGGAUCAACACCCACCACAGCAGGUGGCGGAGAUGACUCUCCUGGUAGAGCGAUGCCAGUGCAGCCAGCGCAGGGCAGAGUACCAGGUGGCUAUCGAUCCAUCACGUUGGACUCUUCCGACCAUCGAAACCACCUUGCCUCGAUGAAUGACCCCAAAAGACACCAGUCUCCUAGCGGUGCAGGAGACUUGAGUGCUAACAGCAAGUAUCAAGUCAGUCCUCAGCAAAGCCCCGGAUUGGUCAAUGUGAGGCCAUUGUCAAACGGGACCGGUCAUAAUCGCUUCCCAAGCGGCGGCCACUUCCGAGGACCGAGCACUGACACACAGGGUGGACGUUCGAGUGCUGGAUUGAACUCUGGUAAUGACAGCCCGCAUAGCAAACCGCCGGCGGACGACUAUGUCGGGCGCACAGCGCAAGAUGGAUCGCGCCCUCCGCCAACGGACAGCAGCGCCCGACGGCAGUCAAGCCGCGAUCCUCAGAGCGCCAAGGAGCCUCGGGGACUUUGGGCGAAGCUGAGACGUGGGAAACGGGAUGAUGCACACCCAUCUCCUGAAGAUGAACAUCCAUCCAGCCCACAUGCCAACCGCUACCCCUACGCAGACUCGCACAAAGCCGCCUCCUCCGACAUCUCGCUCAAUGAUGCAACAGCUGCACAGUCUAAGAAGAAUGUCAGCAUCGACUCUACUGACAGCGUUCCCGCUGAUAUCAGGGGACGGCAAAAGGCCCGUGAAGGCGAUAAGAAAUACAUCUUUGUCACUCCCGACGGAUGGAAUUACCGCUUGAUGGACAUAACCGACGUUGAAUCAGCGGAUCAGCUUCGGACUGUUAUUUGUUACAACCUAGGGAUAUCUGCCGAGGAGCCAGGAAUGGCCGUCUACAUGACAGCCCCUGGCAGGGAGGAGCACGAAGCAGAGCUCACAGACGAAAUGCUAAUGGCCGCGCGAACACAGAUGGCCGAUCCCACGGGCAGUUUGAAACUGUAUGUGCGCUCACCGGGUAACACGCCCGAUCCUCUGGAGAGUGCCGAUAUGGGACUUUCCCCGUCGCAGGUGCAGCAGACAUCAGUGUCCGGAAAAUCGUACGAUGACGCAACGAUUGAGGCGCUAAGGCACGCUGGCUUGUUGGAUUCUGCUCGUUCUCGUGCGCAGCAGGGUGUCAACCAAAGCGAAGAAGCCGCAAAGAUGCAGGAAAGUAUGUUGCAGCAAGACUUCCAGAGUCUGCCGUAUGACCAGCAACAGGUCUUGUUGGAAGCCAGGGCAGAACAACAUCGAAAGGACACUGAACGCAAGCGACUGGACUACCAAGCACAUCGUAGAUCGCAGCUUGUAGAUAACGGCAAGKGUGGGAAGAUUUACGACUUCGACACUCCCCGGACAGCAGCACUUGUGCAUGAUUUCGACAGGCAAGCUUCUUUCCACAGACCUGCAUCUUCAGGCUCGGUGGAUUACGAAAGGCGGACCGACGUCAAUUUCCAACCCAUGCGUAAAGCACCGCCCGUCCCCGAGCCGACCAACACUCUCGUCAAGGCCAACAGUCUCACCAAGAAGGCCAUUGGAACUCGCACGAGCUGGCCAAAGAAGGAUGAGCCUCGCAAUCGUAGCUCYGGGGACUCUAUCCCCGAAGAAAAUGUCAGAAGGCCUUCCAGCAGAGGUAUUGGUGCUGCGCUCGCUGGUGCUGGCAAAACUGCUGGCAUCUUUGGUCAACCGAACAGUGCCCCGGCUACAUCAUCUAAUCUGCAAAGGUCUUUCACCGUGCAAGAGUCGCCGAAUGAUGAUGAAUUUCAUCCUGAUCAAGGAAGCCCCAACGCACCGCGUAGUCCAUUUACCAUGUCCAAAGGCGGGCAGUCAUUCAAGGUGCCAGCGUACGAUGAAGACGAGGACGAAGAGGAUGAUGAGGACACUCUCAAAGCAAGUCAAAGACCGAACCUCACUCUGCGCACCCCAUCUAAUCCCAUGAUUGCGAAGCUACAAGCCCAGGGCCGUUCGCAAAGCCCUGAGCUUAGCCCGUCAUCCAGUCGACCUUUGGGAGGGUCUCUCGGAAGGAUCAUGAGCAAGCGCGGACCUAGCUUCAAUGUACCAGAGCAUCAAGCUGCAUUCGCGCCGUCCCCGAACAUCGGAGCCGACGAUUCUGAUGAAGACUCUGACGAUGGUUUGUUCGCCAUUCCGUUGGCGAAACAAAUGGAGAAGAGAUCCGCUGCUGCGACUCCUGUGAGGAAUAAGAGCCACAGAGUACUCGGCAUUGGUAGCUCACCUGGUCGCUCGCCGAAUAGGCCGGAGCUCAAGMUCAAGACUUCUCGCCCAAACGUGCACUUCGACUCACCAAAACUCGCUCCGCAAAACGAGCUUCCUGAUAUGGAUGUCAACGAAGCUGACAACAUGCUCCAUGGCCCGCAUUCCACGUCAUCUGGAGGUCCAUGGUCGACCGAUUCGCCAGACUCGUCGGCCCGCUUCGGCAGAAGGGAGAGCUUUAUGAGCGAUGUGUGGGCAAACCGUCCUCCUGUGGAAGAUAUUGCAGAGCGACUUGACAACUUCUUCCCAAACGUUGAUCUUGAUCAGCCCAUGGGUGAAGGAGCAGAAGGUUCAGAUGCCAGUCCAGUUUCUACUGACAAAUCCACCGGAGCAUCGACAGCUUCUACUGGGGACCUGCACUCCACCCGUAGUGUCACUCCAAUAUCGAGUGCCGACGAGUCCGAAGAGACAUUCGAUGAUGAGGAACAUACCCUGCGAGGCGGUGCUGGUACCCGAUCCUCUGUGGCUCAUCGCAGUAUCCGCAAGUCCGGGGGUCUUGGGAGGACGAAGAGUAUCCGUGAUGUGGUGAAGAACAACUACUCCCACCUUGCUGGUUUGUCCCGUGUACCAUCGACAUCCUCGCUCGCGUCCAGUCGCCACCCCAGUACCAUCGGAAUGCCGCCACCCCCAAAUCCGCUGGCGAACAGAGUCAGCACGUUGAGAAAUGACGUGUCAAGUAGCAUCAGCAGGAGAAAGAGCACCAAGAUGUUCGGUGCCAAGAUCGAGCAGGUCAAACCCCAGCGCGGCAGUCGACUGAUCAACAAUCUUGAGACCAUUCCUCAAGACAACAUUCCGGCUGGCAACGUUCAACACGUCAAACCAGAACGUCAACCCACAUUCAAAUGGAUGCGUGGUCAGCUGAUUGGCAAGGGCACAUUUGGUCGUGUAUACCUUGGUAUGAAUACCACCACGGGUGAAUUGCUUGCUGUAAAGCAGGUCGAAGUCAACCACAAGAUUCAAAACGCCGACCCGGCGAAGAUCCGCGAGAUGGUCAAGGCGCUAGACCAGGAGAUUGACACGAUGCAGCACCUCGAUCACGUCAACAUUGUGCAGUAUCUCGGUUGCGAGAAGAAGGAAUACAGCAUCUCCAUCUUCCUGGAGUACAUCUCUGGUGGUUCCGUCGGUUCAUGUCUGCGGAAGCACGGCAAGUUCGAGGAAGCAGUCGUCUCCUCCCUGACAAGACAGACAUUGGGCGGAUUGGCAUACCUCCACUCUGAAGGAAUUCUUCAUCGAGAUCUCAAGGCAGACAACAUUCUUCUCGAUCUCGACGGUACCUGCAAGAUCUCCGAUUUCGGCAUCUCAAAGCGAAGUGCGAACCCCUAUCAUAACGACAUCACGAAUAGCAUGCAAGGCAGCGUCUUCUGGAUGGCGCCCGAAGUCAUUCGUGCCCAGAGCCAGGCGCUUACUUCUGAUGACGGACUCAUGAGUACCCAAGGAUACAGCGCCAAAGUAGACAUCUGGUCUCUGGGGUGUGUUGUGCUGGAAAUGUUUGCUGGGCGUAGACCUUGGAGCAAAGAAGAAGCCAUAGGAGCUAUCUACAAGCUCGGAAGUUUGAACCAGGCACCCCCGAUCCCAGACGACGUUAGCACGGUCGUGGGGCCUGCGGCGUUGAGUUUCAUGUAUGAUUGUUUUACAAUUGAUCCUGGCGAGAGGCCGACGGCUGAUACACUGCUGAGAGCACCCUUUUGUAUUUUUGACCCGCAUUACAACUUCCUGGACACGGAGUUGUAUGCGAAGAUUCGGGGUGCCUUUUGA